UUCUUGGAAGAUUAGCUCACCUUCUUCUGUGGCACAUGGUCGUGCCAGCACUUCGCUACCGUCCUUGCAGCGAAUAGUCACUAUCGUAUCGUUGCCAUAUCAGCACCGACAGUCGCAGACAAAAUGGCGCUGCGCGUUUGCAACGCCAGCUAACCAGCCUGCUUUUUUGUCGUCUGCUGCGUGCGCUCAUUGAAGCCACCGUGUAUAGAAAGUGUAGGUUUUAUGCUACACUACAGCUAAAAAAUAUAGCUUCGUGUAGGUAAGCGUAGCUACUCUUUUCUACACCAAGCAAAAAAAAAAAAAGAAUGGCGACUUUCCACACUAUAAUAGCUACACUCAUGUAGUAAGUGUAGUGGUGUAGGUAUCGUAGUGCAGGUAAAAAAUAUCCAUAUUAUCUAUCCACUUUUCCACAUAAAUCUCAUAUGUAAAAAGCCACAAAAUUGUAAAAUCACACCUAACAAAAUUAUUUUAUUAUUUUAAAAUAUUUGCCAUUAUUUGAGUGCUACUUAUUUAUUGUGAAUCACGGUGGCCGUAGUGGCCGUGUCGUGAGCAGCAGGAUGGCGCGACCGGCGGCGUCAACAUGGCUGCGCUCAUCCAGGUAGUUGCUCGCCAAGCUCAGUUAACUUUUGCCCGUAGCUACCUUGCUGACGAAGCAUUCCGCGAUUGCCUUGGUCGACUGCAGAGGACAAUCGGUCAUGUCACGUGCAAGGACGUUAAUUUGGACGAAAAGCUUCUGCAUGCACUGUCGAAGGCUACCAACGGCGGCAGCGCAGCACCUGUUACGUAUAUCUCCCUCUACGAGAGCCGGGCAUUUAGCAUGAGUAUCUUUAUCAUACGGCGCGGGGAGCGUAUACCGCUGCACGAUCACCCCGGGAUGUUUGGUGUUCUCAAAGUGCUACACGGGUCCGGAACUAUAUGCAGUUACAGCGCACAGAGGCCGCACAGCGGUGACGAAGCAGUGCUCGAAGCGCAGCGCCACCCGGAUCUGACCGUGGCCCCGGACAGUGCGCCCUGCUGCUUGACGCCGAGCGAACGCAAUUUGCACGAGAUCCGGGCCCUGGACGGGCCGCUCGCUUUCCUCGACAUUCUCGCACCGCCGUACGACGGCGUCGAGCGUGACUGCCACUACUACAGCGUGGCUCUGCCGCCUGCAGAUGAGACAACUUCUGCCGUGCGCCUGCGUCGGGUGCCGCCGCCGCGCGAUUUUUGGUGCAACUCGGCGCCCUAUCGUGGACCUCCCAUCGGCCCCCAACUAUAAGCUGCACAGUAAAUAGGGACUUGAGUGUCGGGCUGCGCCUCCUCACGAGUGGAAUAGACCGCGCAUCGUUUUGGUGCGAGAUGCCGUGUCUGUCGGUUGCGGCGUUGCUCACAUGGACGUGCACGCCUCGACUCUCUGUGUGAGCAGUGGUGGUGGAAUCGAAGCGAGUACCUUUUGGCAUGCCGCAGCAACGCCCGCCCCUCCUUAUUCACUGAGUCCUUCGCCCUGUGCUCGCAUCUAGUACAGACAUUGCCUCCUUUACGGAACAUUGCACACGAACUUUUUUAGCUCCUUUUAUUUAGCGGUCAUUGCACUGCACGGGCUUUCUUUCAUAUGAAUGAUGUCGCCGCAACAUCUGUGCGCUAUGCGCUACCGCGGUGCAGACCUUUAUAGCUAGUAGCAUUUCAGUUGUAAAGUAAUCGUAUAGUUUUACAGGUUGCUUUGACCUUCUUUCGCCAUGGGGAACCAUUUUCGGUAGGUCCCUAGCUCUGUUUGGCGAAAGUGUUCUGUGAUCUGUUAGUGUUUCAAACCUCAUUGUAUAUUCAGUUAGGUUACCAGUAUUUAACUGUAAGUUAGCUCUGAUCACUUUAAUUUGUACGGUCGAGAACUUAACCACUCGUUCAUUGCCAACUUGGCGCCAUUAAGGUCAGAUCCAACAGGCAAACUUCUUUUGAUUUCCGGUUUUUCUUGCUACGUUUAGAAAGCAAAAGUCGUUAGUUUUUCUUGGUUGUGGAAGAGGCUAGGUAAAGAAGAGGUGCCUCCAGUACUUUCAUUCCAUGCUCAGGUAAAAACAUGAGGCUUCAUUUGCAUUUUUCUUUUCUUUUUUGUCUGGCACGACGGCUAGUGAGCCACUUGACAUCCGUUGCCUUGAUUUAAUAAAACAGUGUGAAAACUGA